AUGGUCGGUAAUUUGUGGUNAGUCACUUUAAACGCAGACGGGAAAGUGGUUUAUUCCUCGGAUAGUUUACCAAGAAGGAAAGGAUCGAGUACCUUCGAGCCUGGCCCGUUUGUGAAAGACUCAAAAAGUCCAACUCCGAGUCCGAUUCCGGAUCAUCGCAACAUCAACAUCCGCCCGGUUAAUCGGCCAAUGUCGCCGCAAUUAGGUAAAGUCAUCAUUCGUGCGAGUUCCGGAAUGCAAAACUCCCCAACCUCAGAAAUAAUCCGCAUGCAACCUAGUACCGUAGUUACACCCAACCAAAGUUACCCACACAAAUCAACAUCAACAUCAACAUUCCCCGGAUUAACGCGUAGCGGAGCUUACGUGCAUAUGUUGGAUCAAAAAGAGUCCAAUUUCCAAGGACAUCAACUAACCAAUGAGAAAAUGAUGGAAACGGAUCGAAAAGGCCAAUACAACACUUUACCAUCGAAAAAGGCGUCAUAUUUGAACGAGCCGGAUAUAACGAAAGAUUUAGGGCGAAAAUGUCAACCCAAAAAGCUGGGAAUCCCAGUUCAGCUCCCAACAAUCUCAAAAAAUCAGACUCAACUUGAUGAUUCAUUAAGAAUCUCACCAAUCGACCCAAGAACAUUAACCAGCUUUAAAAGUUCAACCCCAUCAAAUAAAUCCGAGCUAAAAUCGGCGAUAAACUUAGAAAACAAGCUUUUAUCCCCGAAAAAAAGCACAAUGAGUAACGACGAGUUAUACGCGGUGAUUCACAAAAGCAAAAAGAAAUUAAACAUAGAAUCACCCCAAACGAACUCGAUUGAAAAUCAAACUCAAAAUGUGUCGGUCCAAAUUGAAAAAGUUCAACCCCCCGAAACCGGUUAUUUCGACAAAUCCAAAUCGAGAUUGAACGAAUAUAAUUUAUCGCCUAAAAAUGAACCUAGAUCUCGCCACAGUUGGGCUAUCACCGAUAAAAAAACAUCUCAAGCUGCGCGUUUAGAUUUUAAACGAUUAUUACUACAACAUUGUCGCCCGAAUUUACCCCCCGCUUCCACCAAAUUAUCAGCCGUUGAGCAAUUAAAACUUUCAAAACCCCAAAUACAACCGAAACCGAAUCAAAACGAGGAUGAAGAAAAAAUUAAUAUUUUAGAUUUGAGUCGAUCGCCGAGGAGUGUUAACAGAAAAACUCCCGAAAAAAAUAGACAACCCUCGAAGAUUCUUUCACCGCGUUCGCAAUGGAGAUUUGCAAGUCCGAGAUCGGACGUUUUAUCCUCAACGAUUUUGGAGGAUCAUCGCGAAGAUGAUAGCCCGAAUAAUUCGGCGGAACGAAAAAAAUGUUUCGUUGAAAACAAUAAUGUCGAGAAAUUAAGUAUUAGUGAAAAAAUGCAAGCGAAACGAGCUCAGUUUUUUAAUUCUUCUGACAAUACGAUAAGGAAAACCCCCGAAAAACCUUUACUGCCUACUUUAGAAACAGCUUUUUAAAUAAAUAAGAGAAAUAAAAGGAUUUAUUUUGUACAUUACUAUUUUCUAGUCGAUUUAAAAAAAAAAAAUAGAUUUAGUUUCUUUCUUUCUUUCAUACUUUUAUAGAAAUCAAGAAACAAGUAGAGUACAAGGAGUGGCAAAAAUGAAAAGAAAACUGGUUGUAAGAUAUCUAAAGAUGCCUUAAAUAAGCUAAGAAUAACUAUUAAAUUAAAUUAAAUUAAAUUAAAAUAAAUUAUCGAAGGAGUAAUAUAUGAACGAUAUUAUUAUAUCUAUUUUGCAGAGGAUUCAUUAACUUAUUUAAUAAAUUGUUAAUGAAAACGCUGUAUUUAUUGAUUCGUAUUGUAUAUAGAGUAUUUAUUUAAAUCGGAUUAUAAAAAAUUAAAAUUUUUAAGAUGGGAAGAAAUUAUAAUUGGAUUUUGGAUUACGAGACGUGAAUUGAGUUGUUUUUAGAUGCCAAUAAAAAGUACAAAAACAUCGAAA